AUGACAUUCGGCCAGCCCCAGCCAGUCACCUCAAAUGGUCCUGUCUGUGAUGCAGCUUUCGACGUCUCCUCCUCCAUCACGGAUCGGCCGCAUGUCUGGACCUGUACCGUUAGAGUGUCCAGGAGUGUGAAUCUGCUGUUGGCUGUCCAGCCAUAA